UUCAUCGGAUAGCCCACCUCCUGCUGCCAAGACACACCCACACACACAGAGCGACCAGAAUUGUUCGUUUAGUUUGCUUGAGAGGUUGCAAACAGGAGGAGAUUGAGAGUUGGAGACCUGAGAAGGAGAGGUGAGAGGUGGGAGAGGAAAGAGAGGGAGAUCCGGGCUGCAAAUGGGCGUCCUGUUCUCUUGCCCUGUCGAUGACUACGACGCAUUGGAGGAGGAGGUGGCGGCGGCGAGCUCCGGCGGCGGCGGCGAGCGGGCGAUCCUCAAGGCGCUGGGGUCCGGGAAGCUGGUCAUCGAAGGGUCUCUCAGCUUCAAGCGGGACCAGCAGAUGAGCCCCGCCACCCUCCAGGUGGAGACCAAGAUCUCCAUCAAGCCCGCCGACAUUGCCGCCGCGGCGCCGCCGAUGCCGAGGGAGGUCGCCAGGGCGAGGUUGUUCGCCGACGGCGGCGCGGCGGAGAGCCCGGAACACGAGGCGGCGGCGGUGAAGCUGCAGAAGGUGUACAAGAGCUUCCGGACGCGGCGGCAGCUCGCCGACUGCGCCGUGCUGGUGGAGCAGAGCUGGUGGAAGCUGCUCGACUUCGCCUUGCUCAAGCGGAGCUCCGUCUCCUUCUUCGACAUCGAGAAGCAGGAGACGGCCGUGUCCAGAUGGUCCAGAGCAAGAACCCGAGCUGCCAAGGUCGGGAAGGGAUUGUCAAAGGAUGAAAAGGCGCAGAAACUCGCAUUACAGCACUGGCUAGAAGCGAUUGACCCGCGCCACCGCUAUGGUCAUAACCUCCACUACUACUACGAUAGCUGGCUCCACUGUGAAAGCAAGCAGCCUUUCUUCUACUGGCUUGAUGUGGGAGAAGGCAAAGAGAUCAACCUUGAGGGGAAGUGCUCCAGGUCGAAGCUUUUGAGCCAAUGCAUCAAGUACCUUGGUCCUAAAGAAAGAGAGGACUAUGAAGUUGUAAUUGAGGAUGGCAAGUUCUUGUACAAGAAGAGCCGGCAGAUCCUCGACACAUCCUGCGGACCAAGAGAUGCAAAGUGGAUCUUUGUUCUUAGCACAUCAAAGAGCUUGUUUGUUGGCCAGAAGAAGAAGGGCAAAUUCCAGCACUCAAGCUUCCUUGCUGGAGGAGCAACUUCUGCUGCUGGGCGAUUGGUGGUUGAAAAUGGAACCUUAAAGGCUAUUUGGCCACAUAGUGGACACUAUCGUCCAACAGAGGAGAACUUCCAGGAGUUCAAGAGCUUCCUGAAUCACAACCUGGUUGAUCUUACCGAUGUUAAGAUGAGCCCAGCUGAGGAGGAUGAGGAGUCCUGGGAUGGCCUGAAGAGGAUUCCAUCAGAGAGCUACCCCAAGAACACUGUCACUGACAACUCUGAAGGCAAAACCAGCCAUUGCCAGAUGCCUCGAGUCUCUUAUGAACCAGAGAUCGACGGCUGCGAGGAACCGAGGAAGGUAGAGCCAUCGUCAGAUGCUGCUGCUGCUGCUGAGAGCACUGAAGCCGAGGAGGAUCAAGAAGGCGGCAGCGAGCAGGCGCCGGUGCCGAGGGAGAAGAUCCUGGAGAGGAUCAACUCCAAGAAGGGGAUGCGGUCGUAUCAGCUCGGGAAGCAGCUCUCGUUCCGGUGGACGACCGGCGCGGGGCCACGGAUCGGCUGCGUGCGCGACUACCCGUCGGAGCUGCAGCUGCGUGCGCUGGAGCAGGUGAACCUGUCGCCGCGUGGUGCCGCCGCCGCCGCCGCCGCGUCGUCCCGGUUCUCGUCGCCGCAGCGGCGGAGCUUCAACGGCGCCGUGGCGAGGGGGUGCGACGCGUCGUCGCCCAACACGCCGAGGGAGGCGCUCCGGCCGUCGCCCCUGCAGCAUGGGCUCGUCGCUGUCGCCGUCGCGGUGGCCGCGGCUGACUGAUCCACCGUCUUCGC